AUGGGGAUGAUCGCGGAUAGAUUGGUGGAUGCGAGCUGCCCGUGGACGGCGCGGUUUGCGCCGGAACGUGUGGAGCGGCAGGCGGGAGCGAGGAGGAUGGGGAACGAGGAGGAUGGGGAGCGAGGAGGAUGGGGACGAGGAGGAUGGGGAGCGAGGAGGAUGGGGAGCGAGGAGGAUGGGGACGAGGAGGAUGGGGAGCGAGGAGGAUGGGGACGAGGAGGAUGGGGAGCGAGGAGGAUGGGGAGCGAGGAGGAUGGGGACGAGGAGGAUGGGGAGCGAGGAGGAUGGGGAGCGAGGAGGAUGGGGACGAGGAGGAUGGGGAGCGAGGAGGAUGGGGAGCGAGGAGGAUGGGGAGCGAGGAGGAUGGGGAGCGAGGAGGAUGGGGAGCGAGGAGGAUGGGGAGCGAGAAUGAGGCUUAGCCUGGGCGUGCAGGUGGUGUCGCGCGAUGUGGUCCGCCAGGUCCUUCUGCAGCCCCUCCGCGCGCGCUCCCGCGCCCCCCCUGCUGAUGCGGGGGGAACUGCAGGCGGAAGCAGCCGCGGCGAGCACGCAGGGGGGGGCGCGCGGCCAGAUGCGCUAGGGGGCGUGGGGAGGAACGGGGGAGCGGGGGAGGUGAUGGAGGGGGGGCGGGGGGAGGGUGUGGAGGGGUGGAUGCGCGAGUGGCGCGCGCUGGAGGUGAUCGACGCCUUCACCAUGCCACGUGUGGACUAUGACCCCCUCCGCAAACACUUCUCCAGGUCAACCCUCCCUGCUUCCCCCGCCCCUAAGCUGACCGUGCACCGGGGCGCGCUGUCCCUGGCAGGGGCGCCGAGCAGCAAGGCGGACGUGCUGCGGCGCCGCCUGCACCUGCUGCUGGCGCGCACUGCCCGCCACCGCCGCUUCGCCGUGCCGCUGCUGCCUCUGGGCUCCGCGCAGCAGCAGCAGGAGCAGUACACCGAG